AUGUCUCAAUUACCAGUUGCCGCUCUCAACGCCCGCGUUCCCGCUUCUCGCCGCACGAACGCUCAAGAAUCCGUAUGGCAAGCCGAUGUUCCUCAAGAAUAUCAUCAACACUCUGCAGACCCACGCACUCCUCUUGUGCCCCCAAGCGAGAGGGAAGGAAUCAACUCGGAUGGAAUCUCAAAAAAGCUAGCUUGGCUGGCCAAGAACGGGUACACAGUGCAUACAUACGACGAAAUGCUCUCGUCCCGCGAUCUGGGGCCUCAAAUCUCCCGCAAGGAGCGUCGUCGGCUUAUGAUGGAGCGCAAAAAGGCCAUCUACGAAAAGGCAAAGUCCGCACACGAAGCGUCCAAGGCUAGCCGGCCUUCGAGGCGCCAGCCCCCCACCGGUCCGGCGACGACUAUGACUCCAAAGGGCGCAUAUAGUCACCAACCAAGCACUGCUCCUGACCAUUACCCCUCUGAAACUCCCAUGGCGGUGUGCGAACCUUCUGCCCCCGUUCAACAGAUCGAUCCCUCCAAGUGGCUCGAAUCGUCUUUCCACGAGGUCGAUCCUGCGUUUUUGCCCGAUGCUGGACUUCCAGCUGAUCUAGCUCUGAUGGCCGAAUUGAACGAACUGUUUACGCACGACGAGCAAGUCGCUUACGGGUUCGUACCCAAGGGAUACUAUUCGGCUCAAGAUGAAUAUUAUCAACGACAGCAGUACGGUGCAUACCCCCAGCAGGGUCAUUAUUCCGGAAACGCGGCCGCACCCGAGUUUCCGCACUAUCCCAGUACCCCCAGGUGGUAG